AUGUCGAUAUUAUUCUCCAAAGGUCAUGGACACCUCUCAUUCGUAGAGAAGGGAUUCUUUGUGUCCAUUGUCUACUGCUACUGCAAUGGAGAGGUCCAGGCAGAGAUCAAGAAGACCUGGACCCGCUGGAACCUGGUGUUCGACGGGAAUGGACCGGCGGCAUGUGCCAACUACCGGUACGGUCUCAACCAGACCUCUACCAGUCAGCCGCAGCCGCUGGCCGUGAUCUCGGGCACCGCCUCCCUAUUCUCCAGCCACGUGUACCGCAGCAGCCAAGCCAGGCACAGCGUCAGCACCCACACCACCUUGCCCGGCUACGUGUUCAGCAACUCUGAGAUGGAUACCCUGCCCCCAUCCAUCCCAGAGGAGCCAGACGAGAGAGCCAAGCAGGUGGACGACAUCUCCCUCCGAGAGUCCUUGGUGAAUAACACCAGCAUAGGAGAGGACUUGGAGGAGGAGACACUGUAGAGAGAGAGUGGGAAUGUACAGCUGACAACAAUUGUGUUUUAUUUUUUUUGAAAGACAGGACAGCGGGAAGGUAGAGCAGGAGAUACACAAGAAUGAGGGCCACAAACAGAAAGUGGUUGAGACCGAACUCAAGACCCGCGUCGCCAAGGCAAUAUGUGGUUCAGAGUUGGCAGCCUUACGAUUCCGGCAGAUAUCUUUGAUGUUUUGCGGCUACUAUAUAUCACCAUCUCCUUGUCUUACGCCAGAUAGCGCUUAAGAUUUGCUGUUUUUGCCUCCCGGGUGGCGUACUGCAGCGCCAGCUGUGCCAUCAGAGACUGGGUUCGCGCCCAGGCUUUGUCUUAACCGGCCGCGACGAUCCGUGGGGCGACGUACAAUUGG